CCAACCCAAAAUUACCUAGGUAAGGUUAGGUAGUUCGUAGAGCUUGCAAUUGAGGCAAGAACCACCUACAGUCGAUUACUCUGUACUCGUACUUGAGGACAUCCCACGAGUAAGACUAUCGCUCCUCCCUAAUACAUACGUCUUGUCCCUUCUACUCUUUCAACAAAGUCCGACUUCCCCAAAUCAUCUUCACCCUCCCUCCGUCCCGCCUACCUUUUCUGAAAACUUGUUGGAUUCUGCCAUUCAUUCUCCUCCCGGCAGCGCCUUCCUAUCUCCCUCACACAAGACUUCUAGAAAAAAAGAAUCUACAACGCCCAUUACGACCACACCCCUCACACAACACGAAUUGUCUCCUCCUCUCGAAAUCCGUUAUACCCCUCCCCAUUAAUUUCGAGUCGUCUUCGGACGCAAAAAUAUACCCAUCAUGCGUCCCGAAAUUGAGCAGGAGCUCGCCCACACCCUCCUCGUUGAACUGCUAGCAUACCAGUUUGCCUCGCCUGUGCGAUGGAUUGAAACACAAGAUGUCAUUUUGGCAGAAAAGACUACGGAGAGAAUCGUCGAGAUCGGUCCUGCAGAUACCCUUGGUGUGAUGGCCAAGCGGACGCUGGCCUCCAAGUACGAAGCAUACGAUGCAGCCAAAUCGGUUCAGCGACAAAUUCUCUGCUACAACAAGGACGCAAAAGAAAUCUACUAUGAUGUUGACCCAGUUGAGGAUGAGCCUGCGCCAGCUGCCACCUCCAGCAACGCACCAUCUUCAUCCUCCUCCCCAGUGUCCGCCCCAGUUGCAGUUUCUGCCCCAGCACCCAGCGCUGGACCAGCUGCACAGGUUCCAGAUGCUCCAGUCGGAGCAAUUGAUAUUGUGCGUGCCUUGAUUGCACAAAAGCUAAAGAAACCUCUUUUGGAGAUUCCUCUUAGCAAAGCCAUCAAAGACCUCGUCGGUGGUAAGUUGACCCCCCAUUGCAGAUUUCAAAACCACCAGCAUACUAAUUGCUUUUCCGCGCAGGUAAAUCAACACUUCAAAACGAAAUCCUAGGUGAUCUGGGUAAAGAAUUUGGAUCUACACCAGAAAAGCCAGAAGAUACUCCUCUUGAUGAGUUAGGAGCUGCCAUGCAAGCAACCUUCAAUGGUCAGCUUGGAAAGCAAUCCUCUUCAUUAGUCGCCCGAUUGAUCUCCUCCAAGAUGCCUGGUGGCUUCAACAUUACAGCAGCUCGCAAAUACUUGGAAACCAGAUGGGGUCUUGCCAGUGGACGACAAGAUGGUGUCUUACUCUUGGCGCUGACCAUGGAGCCUCCAGCUCGUUUGGGUGCGGAAAAUGAUGCGAAGGCUUUCCUGGAUGAAGUCUCCCAAAAAUACGCAACCAACGCGGGUAUCAGCUUGUCAACACCUGCUGCGGGUGGCGAUGCUGGUGCUGCGGGUGGCGGAAUGAUGAUGGAUCCUGCUGCUCUCGAUGCCUUAACCAAAGACCAGCGGGCUCUGUUCAAACAGCAGCUGGAGUUAUUUGCAAGAUAUUUGAAGAUGGAUCUUCGCGCUGGGGAGAAGGCCUUCAUUGGCUCUCAGCAAUCUUCGCAAGCUCUGCAAUCGCAAUUGGAUUUGUGGAAUGUUGAACAUGGAGAAUUCUAUGCCGCAGGAAUUGAACCAGUUUUCAGUCAGCUCAAGGCACGAGUGUACGAUUCUUCUUGGAAUUGGGCUCGUCAGGAUGCGCUCACCAUGUUCUACGACAUUAUUUUCGGACGUUUGCAAGCCGUCGAUCGUGAGAUCGUCAGCCAGUGCAUUCGCAUCAUGAAUCGAUCAAAUCCUACGUUGGUGGAUUUCAUGCAAUACCAUAUCGACAACUGCCCUACAGAGCGCGGAGAAACGUACAAACUCGCCAAGGAGCUCGGUCAACAACUUAUUGACAACUGCAAAGACACCUUGAAUGUCUCCCCUGUCUACAAGGAUGUCGCAAUUCCAACUGCUCCCCACACCACGAUCGAUGCUCGUGGAAAUCUCGAAUAUGCAGAGGUUCCCCGCACUAGCGUUCGAAAGCUCGAGCAUUAUGUGCGGGAGAUGGCUGAAGGAGGAAAGAUUUCCGAGUAUGGUAACCGCACCAAAGUUCAAAAUGAUCUUGGCCGCAUCUACAAGCUCAUCAAGCAACAACACAAGCUUUCCAAAUCCUCCCAAUUGCAAAUCAAGUCCCUCUAUGGCGACGUCAUUCGAUCUUUGGCCAUGAGCGAGGGUCAAAUCAUCCCCAAAGAGCAUGCAAAUGGGAAGAUGAAUGGCGCCAAGAAAUCUCCACGAACCACCGUUCCUGGCAAGACUGGCAAGGUCGAGACCAUUCCUUUCCUUCAUUUGAAGAGAAAGGACGAGCACGGAUGGGAAUACAGCAAGAAGCUUACCGGCAUGUAUCUUGAUGGUUUAGCACAAGCAGCCAAAUCUGGUGUCACUUUCCAGGGCAAGAAUGCACUGAUGACCGGUGCCGGAGCAGGCUCCAUUGGUGCCGAUGUGCUACAGGGUCUGAUCAGUGGCGGUGCCAAGGUCGUUGUUACCACCAGCCGUUUCUCGCGAGAAGUUACAGAGUACUACCAGUCCAUGUAUGCUCGCUAUGGUUCUCGUGGCUCCCAGCUGAUUGUUGUCCCAUUCAACCAAGGAAGCAAGCAGGAUGUUGAGGCAUUGGUUGAGUACAUCUAUGAUACCAAGAAAGGUCUCGGCUGGGAUUUGGACUUCAUCAUUCCUUUCGCAGCUAUCCCUGAAAAUGGUCGCGAGAUUGACAGCAUCGACUCAAAAUCCGAGCUUGCUCAUCGUAUCAUGUUGACUAACCUUCUCCGCCUUCUUGGAUGCGUCAAGACUCAGAAGGCUGAGCGUGGAUUUGAAACUCGGCCUGCCCAAGUUGUCUUGCCAUUGUCGCCCAACCACGGUACCUUUGGUAACGAUGGUCUCUACUCCGAGUCUAAGCUGGCUUUGGAAACUCUCUUUAACAGAUGGCACUCUGAGAACUGGGGUAACUUCCUCACUAUUUGCGGUGCUGUUAUUGGCUGGACUCGUGGUACGGGUCUUAUGUCUGGUAACAACAUUGUUGCUGAGGGUGUCGAGGCAUAUGGUGUUCGUACCUUCUCUCAGCAAGAAAUGGCCUUCAACUUGCUCGGUCUCAUGUCGCCAACCCUUGUUGAUCUUUGCCAAGGCGAGCCUGUAUUCGCUGAUCUUAACGGUGGUCUGCAAUUCAUUCCAGAUCUGAAGAACCUGAUGACCAAGUUGCGAAAGGAUAUCAUGGAGACCAGCGAGGUUCGUCAAGCUGUCACCAAGGAAACAGCUAUUGAGAACAAGAUUGUCAAUGGUGAGGAUAGCGAGGCCUUGUACAAGAAGGUUACCAUUGAGCCUCGUGCAAACAUCAAGUUUGACUUCCCUGCUCUUCCAAGCUGGAAGAAGGUAAUCGAACCACUCAACGAGAACCUCAAGGGUAUGGUUGAUCUUGAGAAAGUGGUUGUUGUCACCGGGUUUGCAGAAGUUGGACCAUGGGGUAACUCACGUACUCGAUGGGAGAUGGAAGCCUAUGGCCAAUUUUCUCUUGAGGGGUGUGUUGAGAUGGCCUGGAUCAUGGGUCUCAUUAAGAAUCACAACGGCCCAAUUAAGGGCAAGCAAUAUGCCGGUUGGGUUGACGCCAAAUCAGGAGAUCCUGUUGAUGACAAGGACAUCAAGAGCAAAUACGAGAAGCACAUCCUCGCUCACUCUGGUAUCCGUCUUAUCGAGCCUGAGCUUUUCAAGGGAUACGAUCCUAACAAGAAGCAACUUCUUCAAGAGGUGGUCAUUGAGGAAGACCUUGAGCCAUUUGAGACUUCAAAGGAGACAGCCGAAGAGUUCCGACGUGAGCAUGGUGAGAAGGCAGAAAUUUUCGAAAUCCCUGAAUCUGGCGAGUACAUCGUCCGCAUGAAGAAGGGUGCCACCCUUCUCAUCCCCAAGGCCUUGAAAUUCGAUCGCCUUGUCGCUGGUCAAAUUCCAACUGGCUGGGACGCCAAGAAAUAUGGUAUUCCAGACGACAUCAUCUCCCAAGUCGACCCUGUUACCUUGUUCGUACUUGUCUGCACGGUCGAAUCACUGUUGGCGUCUGGUAUCACUGAUCCAUAUGAAUUCUACAAGUAUGUUCACAUUUCCGAAGUUGGUAACUGUAUUGGUUCUGGUAUUGGUGGAACAAAUGCUCUCCGAGGCAUGUACAAGGACCGUUACCUCGAUAAGCCUCUUCAGAAGGAUAUUCUCCAGGAGUCUUUUAUCAACACCAUGAGUGCUUGGGUCAACAUGUUGCUCAUCUCAUCUACCGGUCCUAUCAAGACCCCAGUUGGUGCUUGUGCAACAUCUGUCGAAUCCGUUGAUAUUGGUUACGAGACCAUCUUGGAGGGCAAGGCACGCGUCUGCUUUGUUGGUGGAUUUGAUGACUUCCAAGAGGAAGGUUCUUACGAAUUUGCCAACAUGAAAGCAACAAGCAACGCUGUAGAUGAGUUCGCGCACGGACGUACACCCAAGGAGAUGUCAAGACCUACCACCACCACCAGAAAUGGUUUCAUGGAAUCUCAAGGUUGUGGUAUCCAAGUCAUCAUGACUGCCAAACUUGCUCUUGAUAUGGGUGUUCCAAUUUACGGUAUCCUUGGUUUGACCACCACUGCUACCGAUAAGAUUGGACGAUCCGUACCAGCACCUGGACAGGGUGUUCUUACAACAGCUCGUGAGAAUCCUGGCAAAUUCCCAUCUCCUCUGCUGGACAUCAAAUACCGUCGAAGACAAAUUGAGCACCGAAAGAAGAACAUCAAGCAAUGGCAAGAGUCGGAGCUGGAAUUCCUUCACGAAGAGGUUGCAGCUAUGAAAGCACAAGGUGGUGAAUUCAACGAGACCGAGUAUGCUCAAGAGCGUGCAAAUCACAUUGAACGUGAGGCAGCUCGUCAAGAGCGUGAGGUUCUUAACAGUCUUGGAAACUCCUUCUGGAAGAAAGACCCCUCGAUUGCCCCUCUUCGUGGUGCUCUCGCAACAUGGGGCCUUACGAUUGAUGACCUUGAUGUCGCAUCUUUCCACGGUACUUCUACAGUAGCAAACGACAAGAAUGAAUCAUCGGUUAUUUGCCAACAGCUGAAGCACCUUGGCCGAAAGAAGGGCAACGCUGUUAUGGGUAUCUUCCAAAAAUACUUGACUGGUCAUCCAAAGGGUGCUGCCGGUGCCUGGAUGAUGAACGGGUGCUUGCAGGUAUUGAACAGUGGUUUGGUUCCAGGCAACCGAAAUGCCGACAACGUCGAUCAAGUCAUGGAACAAUUCGACUACAUCGUGUACCCAAGCAAGAGUAUUCAAACUGAUGGCAUCAAGGCUUUCUCCGUCACCUCCUUCGGUUUCGGUCAAAAGGGUGCUCAAGCAAUUGGUAUCCACCCCAAGUACUUGUUCGCUACGCUCGACGAAGCUACUUAUGAAGCAUACUCUGCCAAGGUAGAGUCAAGACAGAAGCGAGCAUACAGAUACUUCCACAAUGGAUUGAUCACCAACACCUUGUUCGUUGCUAAGAACGAGUCGCCAUACACUGACGCUCAACAAGGUGAGGUAUUCUUGAACCCAGAUGCUCGUGUAUCUAUCGAUAAGAAGACUUCUGCUCUUACAUAUGCUCCAAACUUCGCCAAAAACAUCCCAAAAAAGUCAAAUGCUGCCAGUACCAGACAAAUGGUCGAGUCAUUGGCCAAAGGUGCAGCAACUGCAAAUACCAAGGUCGGUGUUGACAUAGAGGACAUUUCCGCAAUCAACAUUGAGAACGACACCUUCAUUCAGCGAAACUUUACCGACAAGGAGCAGGCAUACUGUCUCAACGCUCCAUCUCCACAGGCAUCGUUCGCUGGAAAAUGGAGUGCCAAGGAGGCUGUCUUCAAGUCGCUCGGUGUAUCGAGCAAGGGCGCUGGAGCUCCAUUGAAGGAAAUUGAAAUCACCAAUAAUGACAAGGGUGCACCAAUCGUCGUGGUAAGUUCUACCAUACUCUCAGUUGACAAAUAAUUAUGCUAAUAUUAUCGUCAGCUCCACGGUGACGCUGCCACAGUUGCUAAGAAGGCCGGUGUCAGAGAAGUUAGCAUCUCCAUCUCACACUCUGACAGCCAAGCUAUCGCCAUUGCCAUUGCCUCAUUCUAGAGAGAUGCAAUUUUUGGGACAUUUGGGGAGUUAUUCUUGUACAUUUCAUGAGCUUCUAUUUUGUCUUAAUUUGCUUUUGUGCAUUGCCUUGGCACAUGAAUUGGCAUGGGGGAUAUGCGUAUGGCGUAUGUCCUGUAUCCUUCCUUUCUUCCGUGUGGAUUUGUAAAGAUGGGAUGAAUGAAAUUCGGGGAUGGGCAUGGGACUUUCGUUGGGAUGGGAUUAGAUGGGGAGACUCAAGAUAGAUGAUUAGCAUGAGAUGAAGAUGAAGAUGAGAGAUCACAGUUAGUUACGCCUUCUGGGAGGCUAACUGACUGAAUGUGGAGAGUACAUAAUUUUGGGGCGAUUAGAG